GGGGCGCAUGAGCGAAUGACGCCGGGAGCUUCAACCGGCACUUCCGGGCCCCUGUCUGCAACUGCCGUUUACGUUGGUGUGUCUCAUGUUGCAGGAUUCAACGCCAUGUUAUAUCCAAUACUUUAUGAAUGAUAAACUGGGAAAGACUGGAACUGAUGGAGAAGAUGAUGAGUUACACAUCAAAGAUGGACUUCCAGUUCAGUGGACAGGGACAAUAUGCGUUUGACGAAGUCGCCAUUUACUUCUCGGAGGAUGAAUGGGGCUGUUUAACAGAAGACGAUAAAGAGCUUUACAUGGACGUGAUGAUGGAGAAUUAUGAGUUACUCCGGUCUCUAGGUUGGAUUGAUAGGAAACCUCCAAUUAUAUCUGCUAUCGAACAAAGAGAAGAGCCGUAUGUGAGUUAUCGCCAACAGUUCAAGAAGGAAUGGCCUAUAAAUACUGGCACAGCGGAUGGAUGCCUAAGAACUACACAGGAUGGAUUUCCUGACUCUGUUAUUUUACCUGCCUGGGUAAAACCACUGAAAGAUCUAUGCAAAUCUGCCGGGAAUAUUCUGCAGGCAUCUGCCUUGUGUGAAGAAGGAAAUCUUGCAUGCACAAUCAUUUGGACACCCCUAGAACAUACGCAGACUGGGGAAAUGGGGUUUAACAAACCGAUAAAAGCUGAAACCAUUCCAGUAUUAAAAGGCAGUAAGUAUGAUUAUAUUUAUACUAGAAAGCAUAAUCAGAAAGUCCAUCUAAAGAAAAAACGGUACUCAUGUGCUGAAUGUGGGAAAUAUUUUACCUUUGCAACACUCUUACGUAGACAUCAGAGGAUUCACACAGGAGAGAAACCAUUUUCAUGUUCUGAGUGUGGGAAACGGUUUACUCUUAAGUCAAGCCUUAACGAACAUCGGAAAACCCAUUUAACAAAGAAACUAUCCUGUGAAAAAUGUGGGAAAUGUUUUACACGUUCCUCUGACCUUGUUUUGCAUCAGAAGACUCACACUGGAGAGAAACCCUUUUCAUGUCCAGAUGAUCAGAAUUGGUUUGCUUCUAAGUCAAGUCUUACGUCGCGUAAGAAAACCCGAAGGAGUGAGAAACCAUACAAUUGUGCAGAAUGUGGAAAAUCUUUUAAUAAUUCUUCAGAGUUUGUUAGUCAUCGAAUGACCCACACAGCAGAGAAGCGAUUUUGUUGCUCAGAAUGUGGCAAAUGUUUUACACUAAAAUCAAGCCUUGUUACCCAUGAAUCGACUCACAAAGCAGUGAAACCAUUCCCGUGUACUGAGUGCAAGAAAUGUUUUUCUCACCUGUCUAGUCUUCGUGUGCAUCAGAAAAUUCAUACAGGAGAGACACAAUUCUCAUGUAGUGAAUGUGGGAAAGGUUUCACACGAAGCUCAGAAUAUGUAAAACACCAGAGGUCUCACACAGGAGAAAGCCCAUUUUAUUGCACUGAAUGUGGGAAGGGUUUUUCCCAGAAAUCAAAUUUACUUCGACAUUUAAAGAGUCACACAGGAGAGAAGCCCUUUUUAUGUUCAGAAUGUGGAAAGCGCUUUGUCCGUUCCAGUCAUCUUGCUAGCCAUCGAAGAGUACACACAGGAGAGAAGCCGUUUUCUUGCUCGGAAUGUGGGAAGAAUUUUGUUUGUAAAGGUAAUCUUACUGUACAUAUGAUGAUUCACACAGGGAAGAAGCCAUACUCCUGCUCCGAGUGUGGGAAAGGGUUUAUGAGAAAAGCUUAUCUUCUUCAACAUCAGAAAAUUCACGUGAGUUAAAUUAAUCUGUUUUGGCGUUCUAGGUGGGUUGCUAUGCAAACAAUUGGGUUUAUUAAUUAAAGAAGUCCAUGUACUUUUUAACUUAUGGUGAAUAUGCCCUAAUAUUGCCACUUUUUCGUCUCAUGUUGCGUCAGAAACACGUUUUAUCUUGACCCCUAGUUGUCUCUCCUUUAUUUUCAUAAAGAUGACUUGACUAAAAGAAAAAAAAAUAGCUUGUUUACAAAUUGAUGAUAGCUGCUACAAGACUCUCUAUGAUUCUCAGUAAGUAAAACAAAAAUCAAUACUUCUAAUAUUGUGGACACAUUGUCAGCA